AGCACAAGACAAGAAACGAACACAAUGGUUCUUACAAAAACUAUUAUAGGGAUCCUCUUCAGUUUCUCACUGAAUUUAUUGCUCUGUGAAGCUACAAGUGUGAUAAUCUUGGAUCAACAAGAAGAACCAUGUAAUAAUCUUCAGGGCAGAACUAAAUAUGCUGCUCGAAGCUGCAAGGAACUGCAUGAAAAGUAUCAGGUUUAUGAUGAUGGGCUAUACUAUCUGAACUCAUCAAGAGGAGUCCUUUAUCAGACGUUCUGUGAUAUGACCACUGCGGGCGGUGGCUGGACGCUGGUGGCCAGUGUUCAUGAAAACUACAUGAGUGGAAAGUGUACUGUUGGUGAUCGCUGGACUAGUCAGCAGGGCAGUGACCCAAACCGGCCUGAUGGUGAUGGGACAUGGGCAAACACAGUCACAUUCGGAACAGCUGAAGCCUCUACAAGUGAUGACUAUAAGAAUCCUGGAUACUAUGACAUCACAGCAAAAGAUAUGUCUGUGUGGCAUGUUCCUAAUAACGCUGAUUUGGAGCAGUGGUUACCUACCUCCCUCCUGCGAUACCACACUGAAAAUCACUUCUUAAACCUCUACGGAGGAAAUCUUUUCAAUUUAUACAAGAAAUUCCCUGUGAGGUUUGGAAUAGGGGCAUGCCUCACUGAUAAUGGACCUGCAAUUCCAAUAGUGUAUGAUACUGGAAGUGUGGAUUUAAACAGAAAUCUGUAUGGUCCCAAUUCAAGAACAAUGUUUACACCCGGAUUCAUCACAUUCAGAGUUUUUAACACGGAAAGAGCAGCUUUGGCUCUUUGUUCGGGUGUUAAACCAACAGGCUGUAACACUGAACAUUUCUGUAUUGGUGGAGGUGGACACUUUCCUGAGGGCGCCCCUAGACAGUGUGGGGACUUCGCGGGCUUCGACUGGGAUGGCUAUGGUACUAAUGCAGGAUGGAGUGCUUCCAAAGAGAUAACCGAAGCAGCUGUGCUGCUCUUUUAUCGCUGACACCCUGAUCAGUCUAAAAUCGCCAGCUUCCUUCCCUUCUUUCCAAGAUAUUCCACGUUGAUUAACACUUGUUUCAUGCACAUUUAUUUGCUCAAAUGUAUCUCUUUACAAAAUAUAUACAUCCUUUAUAUUGGAUCUGUAAUCUACAAAUGAUUUUGUAUAUGGUGAUUGUGACCGAAAAGAACAACCUAUCAGAUUAGUCAUUUAUUAAACUUCUGUUAGAUCAUAUAUAACCCAUCCUCUUAAUGUUCAUUGGUUUAUUUUAAAGCUAAAAAAGUGGAUAUAGAUACAUCAUAUUCAAAUAAAUAAUAAUAAACAAAUGUUUGCAUGUCA